AGAAGUUUAGGUCAGAGAGUCUGUAUGCUGCAAACAGACACGUGCAAGAGCAGCACAGUGGAUUUAAAUUCAAAUGCCAAGACUGUGGAACAACGCUUUCCCGUAAAGAUCAAGAACACGGGAAGUGCCAAAGGGGAUUCCCAACUAUGAUAGUGAAUAUAAACACCCGCAUAUCAGGAAAAGCAGCGAAAGAGGAAAUGGACAAAUGGUACAAGGAAAUUCUUCCGUUACAGAUAACACGCAUCACUAGUCCAAGGCCAAUGCCGUCAACAACUUCAAGGUCAAGAUCAAGAUCACCUUUGGGACACAGGGAUUAUGACGAAAUUUCAAUCGACGCAGAUGGUCAAUUUGAGAGAGAAGAGGAGGACAUUAAGAUCUUAGACGGAUUGGAAAGAAUGCAGAACGACAUUAUUCAACUGGAUAUAGGGGGUUAUAAGUUCAAAACAACUAGAGGGACUGUAAAUCAAAUACCAUCAAAGCUUUCCAAACUAAUCAGCUUGAAGUCAUCGGGAAAUGUGCCGUCAUACUUUGUUGACAGAGAUCCGAAGCAUUUUGGAAUAAUUUUGAAUUAUCUUAGAAACAAUGGAGAAAUAGAUGUCAGAGUUCUACCCGAUGAGAGAAGUGCCCUAGCAGCUAUUAUGGUGGAGUGUAAAUUUUAUGGACUUGUGGAAUUAGAAAGCGUGGUGAAAAAGAGACUUGAAAUGUGCAGAUGCCAGCACAUGAUGGAGUAA